AGCCUUUCCCCAUGCCAGCUGAGUUAAAAGGGAAAACACAGAGGUUGUUUUUAUUUCGUGGAGGCAACUGCACACAUUUUCCAUGGCAUCUGAAAAGCCAGUACUUUACAGCUAUUUCCGAAGUUCCUGUUCUUGGAGAGUGCGAAUCGCACUGGCUCUGAAAGGAAUUUCUUAUGACCUGGUCCCAGUGAACCUCAUUAAGGAUGGAGGACAGCAGUUUUCUGCUGAAUUCAAGGCACUGAAUCCAAUGCAGCAAGUCCCAGCCUUGAAAAUUGAUGGCAUCACCCUUUCUCAGUCGCUAGCUAUAAUUAAUUACCUAGAAGAGACACAUCCUAACCCCAGGCUCCUGCCCCAAGAUCCAAAGAAGAGAGCCAAAGUCAGAAUGAUCGCUGAUCACAUUGCCUCUGGCAUUCAGCCACUCCAGAACCUGAAUGUCCUGAAACAAAUGGGGGAGAAAAAAAUGGAAUGGGCUCAGAACUGUAUCAUGUCUGGUUUUCAAGCACUGGAGCAGAUUCUGCAGAGCACUGCUGGACGCUACUGUGUGGGGGAUGAAGUUUCCAUGGCUGAUCUGUGUUUAGUGCCUCAAGUUGCCAAUGCUGAAAGAUUCAAAGUGGACAUGGGUCCAUAUCCCACAAUAACCAGAAUAAAUAAAGCUCUCUUGGAGUUAGAGGCCUUCAAAACAAGCCACCCUUCCCGGCAGCCAGAUACUCCUGCAGAGCUGCGAGCUUGAAGCCUUUCUGCUCAUUACAUCUACAAAGCUGCCAUGAUAAAGAAGACAACACCUACAGGCUGAGUAUGACUUUAGUGCCAGUGCCUUCCCUUUCAUCUGAGUGGGAAGGACAGAGGACCUGGAAAUAGUGUGGAUGACUUACAGGAGCUAUGCCUGUGCUGGAAUACGGGCAGCUACUAGUUUUUUUCUAUGCAGUCUAUCUCCAUGAAGCAGAUUAAAGCAGAAGUAUCCA